CCUAGUCAGCAUUCGCACCCUACCAAUACACCCUGAACCCUUUCAGUGUGUCUAAGUGUGCAGAGGAAGGCAGCACAAAGACACAGCUGCAGCAGAGGAAGCUUUCAACACUUCAGGAUGGCUAUGAAGCUGCUCUGUCUCUGCCUGCUGCCGGUUCUGUUUUGUCCCAAUUGGGCCAAAAAACAAAAAUGUCUCACGUCUGCUACCGACUGCGACGAGUGCAUCCAGUCUGGCCCAGACUGUGCUUGGUGCACCGCACCUCACUCUAACAUCCGCUGUAAUACUGUGAAGGGGCUGCAAAGAGGAGGCUGCCAUGAAAGUUUUAUAUAUAACCCUCAGGGCGGGGUGCAGGUCGUCAAGAAUGACAACAACACAGAUCCAGUGAGUGCUGAGGCUUUGUUCCUCCAGCCCCAGGAGACCUCCAUCCAUUUGAGGCCAGGUGUGAGCCAGUCCUUCCCUGUCACUAUCACCAUGCCUACAGACCAGCCUAUCACAGAGCUGACUAUGGAAACCAGCCCAGUGCCAUCGGGAGUCAACAUCACAUUCAGUAGCACCGUAAAUGGAAACCUUCUGGCUGUACAGGUGAAUGUUGAGGCUGCUCGGUGUCCCAGUGAGAAUGACAACUCAAACCAGAUGCAGAACAGGACUGAGCCCUGGUCUGUCAACAUCACACCUAGUGGCUUCUCUCAGAGUUUGAAGUUAGAGAUAACUUUGGAGUGUCAGUGUGGCUGCAUGAAAAGCCGUGAGGAAAAAAGCCUUAGCUGCAGUGGCCGUGGGGCUCUGGUGUGUGGCCAGUGUGAGUGCUACAAGUCCUACGUUGGACAACAAUGCCAGACGGAGGCUGAACCAGUUUCUUCACCAAAGGAUGAGUUCUGUCGCUCAAGCCCGAAUGCCCCGGUGUGCAGUGACAGGGGGAAAUGCGUGGACGGUUCCUGUGAGUGCGACAACCGAGUAAACCCAAAAGAAAGAUACAGCGGACGAUACUGCGAGUGCAGCAACUUUGACUGUCAGUACCACAACAACAGUAUAUGUGGAGGCCACGGGAGGUGUGAGUGUGGAAAUUGCGUUUGUGAUGAUGACUGGACCGGUGAAGACUGCGGCUGCUCCAUGGAGACGGCUUCAUGCAGGGGAAGCCAUGGGUAUCUGUGUAACGAGCGAGGGUUUUGUCAGUGCGGAGUGUGUAUAUGUUGGCCACCGUACGUAGGACCAACCUGUGAGAGGUGCCCUUUUUGUUAGCGCUAAGCAGCAUGUGGAAUGAGUUUGGGACAGGAGCGAAGUACAGCUCAUCCUCUGGAGGACAGUCGACUGUGUUGCGGGCUUAAGAAUAUUCUCACAACGAAGUCCAUGUUUUCCCAAACUUUAAUAUAACUAAUGUGUUAGUUCACUUGAUUCUCAGUUUUAAUGUGUUUUUGUUAUGUCUUUUAACAUUGUAAAAUGUCAAUAAAAUAAUCUAGUGCA